UACAAAAAGCCGAAAUUGUCGACUACCAUCGCGAAUUCUGAUUGGCUGCGGCUUUUCCGUCAAGGUGUGAACACGCCCUAAUGUCCUAUCUGGAAAACAGCCAAUAGCAGUAGUACCCUGGAACAGCCAAUCAAAUUUGGGUCCAAACUCAUUCUCCUACUGCGCAUUCGCGGAAACGUUUCGCCCCUGUAUUUUUACACCAUGUUCCGCUCUAUCCAAUCCUCUUUGCUCUCAGAUUUCUCUUUGCAGUUUGCGGCGCAGCUGGCAGCAUAACCUAGCAUAACCAAUAUUUUGCUUGUGUAUACUUUGCUCUACCUUUACCCGAGUAAUGUUUCUGAAUGUCGCCGUUGAUUUGGUUUUAAAGUGUUUCAAUAUCUUGUAUGAAAUUUUGUAUUAAAAAUGAUGUUUGUUCUACGGCAGUUAUAUCUGUUCUAUACGAAGCAAAGAAUAUGUACACCAAUAAGCCAUUUGAUUAAGCUGUCUAAUCACAAAAUUCAUACAUCUAAAGUUAUGUUUCAUGGUGAAUACGAAAUGCAGGAUCCUAAAACUGAGGCUGAUAUAGUUAACGUCACUUUUAUUGACAAAACAGGCAAGAAAAUUAAAGUAAAAGGAAAAGUAGGAGAUAAUGUACUCUAUUUGGCUCAUAAACAUGAAAUUGAUAUUGAAGGUGCAUGCGAAGCCAGUUUGGCAUGUACAACUUGUCAUGUAUAUGUACAUCAUGAUUAUAUGGAUAAACUUUCAACUCCUGAUGAAAGAGAAGAAGAUCUUUUGGAUUUAGCGCCUUUUUUGAAGGAAAAUUCUAGGCUAGGUUGUCAAAUAAUUUUGAAGAAGGAAUUAGAUGGCAUAGAGCUAGAAUUACCUAAGGCAACUAGAAAUUUUUAUGUAGAUGGACAUACCCCUACUUCGCAUUAA